AUGUCGGCGUUGAUUGCGAAAAUCUUGUCGUACACAACAACCGACGACAAAAACGCGUUGACGACUUUGGACGAGAAGGACAUGGGGGGAGAAGAAGAAGAACGUCAUGUUCACGAUCGCGUCGUCGAUAUCUCGAGCGCAAUCGCGGACGAUUUGAGCCCGCAAUUCGUUUGGCACUUGGGGAAAGGCGAGUUUUUACACUGGGUGGAUGUGUUUAACGCGUUUGACUCGUAUUUGUCAAACGCGACGAGUGGUUUUACGACUACGACGGCGAAAAAGGAUUCAAAAACGCAUUUUUCGGCAACGAGGAUAGCGCACGAAGCGGCGCCGAAUUACAUCUCCAAGACAGACGUGUGCUCGUUUUUGAUCGCGUGCGGGGAAGGAGCGAGAGGCGGGGAUGGCGGAAGCGGUGAAAAUGCCGAGGAGGGCGUAGACGACGACUCGCGACAAAGACGAGAACGACGAAAGAGGGAUUCGAUGAAAAGGAAGAAGACGUUGCUGUGGAUUUUGCGAUGUACGCGCGCAAUUUUAGACGAGUGCUGGAAUAAGCACGUGUACAAUUCGUUGGAACAAUUGACGAAGCUUUUACAUCACGAAGAUUUUGAAGUCGCGUACGAAGCGCUGCUGACGAUUCACUCGGUUGCGAAGAAAACGCCCGGCACAAGAGUGAAUAGGUUUGUGCCGUGCGAUGGGUUGACGAUGCGGUUGUUAAUUUUGGCGAGAAUGAACGAUUACGAUGAGAAUGAGAACAAGCAGAAGAACGAGAAAAGAACAGAGGUGCAAAACUCAUUUCCAGAUUUGAAAGUUGAUUUCCUAUUCGGCGUGGAUAACGAAGACGGCAUUCAGGACGGUCAAUCUUCUGUAUUCGACGUCUUAGACGAAUCCAAUGUCUCGCGCAUGUACGAAAUCGUCGAGAGUAUCGAGGAAGGAGGUGAAGUAGAUAGUAGCAAACCCGAAUAUGCCGUUGAAGCGGUCAUAGAUAGCCGACUCCGCGUCCAAGAAGAAGGGUUCAAUAAACGGACUAAACUUCAAGAAGAAGUGUUUAAGAAGCUCUGGACUCUUCGAUGGUCGUCGUUUGCAGCGAGAGAUGCGCAAACAAACACGCACUACCUAAAAGACGCGCGAGUAAACGUCGCAAACCUCGCACUGGCGACUCUACUGCAAUUCGGCGAUUCAACGGAAGAUGUUUCGUAUGAUCGCAACUACACUCCCACAAAAACGCCGAUUCCGUCACAGGAGAUGAGGCGACUGGUUUUUCAGACGUCAACGAUGCAAGAAAAGGCUUCGGAACUCGUUCAACAACUCGACGAUAGAAUAACAAACAUUAAGAAAAACAAACACAACAGUAAUAGCGAGCCGCCGCUGCCGUCUUUAGGAAGAGGAAGAGGAGAAGACGCGGGGAGUGAUUUUAGUACCGACGCGUCAGUAGCUGCAUGGGCAAUUUCGGCUCUUGUAAACGAACGAGAUACAUCUUCCGCAGCCGUGGAAGUUUUGCGCACGCACAAGUCUGCAACGAUCUUGGAGAAUUUAUUCACUAUUUCAGUGGAAAAACUUGUGAACGCGCCAGACCUUUCGAAGAAAUAUUUCGAUACGGCAACGGACUCUCCAGAAGAGAGAGGAAGAGGAAAGAAGUCGACUAAGAAAAACACGGGAACAGAAGAAAGUUUUCGGUAUUUUGACAUUUCAAACAGCGAAAGCAUAGAAGCAUCUACCCUUGCCGAAGCAGCUUUCGCACUUCUCGCGAAUCUUAGCACGAUUGCGACAGGCUGCAACGUAUUACGCGAUGCAAACGCGCUCGAACCGCUCUUGAAGUUGUUCGAGCACGAACGCAGCGACCAUAUACCUUUCGUAGCUAUAUUUGCGCAUUCGCUAGAAAUGAUAUUAGAUUAUAACGCGGAUUCGAAUAGAAUAUUUCGUGAGUCCGGCGGCGUUGCGUUACUGUGCUUGAGGCUACGCCAAGAAAUUGAAACGUCUCUGAAGGAAUACGACAAGAUUUGCGAAUCACUCAGAAGCGCGGGCGCUUCGAUGAAAAAUAGAGAGAAUAAGAACGAUGCAAAGUUAUUGUCUGUCGCUAAUACUGAUUCACAUGCGGCGCCAGGUUCUGGCUCAAAGCGCAAGAAGUCGCACGUCACGUCAGUAGAUGAUGACAAAGAAAGUACUCCAUCACAAAGACGGAAAUCUGGCGACGGCACCAGCGUGGAUAUUGUUGAGAAAGCCACAAAGGGAGAAGGCCUAACAGCGAAUGAUGUCGUUCUACCGAGUUACGUCGCCUACAGCCGCCGCGUGUUGAUAAAAGCGUUAACACGUGCCUUGGCGUUUGCAAUAUUCGGUCCAACGGUUCCUCAGGAUGCUUACGCAGCUGGUCUUGAUGGUCCCAAUGGGCUCAACAAAGCUAUGCGUCUGGUUUUUGAUAACGCUCAGAAAUUUGGGGGAAGUGGCGUGACAACAUUCGCUUCUUUAGUAACCGAUUACCUCAACCAUGAUCCAACGUGCUACGUCAAACUCGAAAGUGCGGGAGUUUUUGAUGCUUUAUUUAGCGCGUUAGAAAAUGAAUCCAUCGCGAAUAACUCAAAAGUUUUGUGCGUUGCGCCUCAAGUCAUAUCGGCAACGUGUCUGCACAAAGAUGGGAAGAAGAAAGUAAUCAAGCGGGGCAUACUGUCAAAGGUCAUGUGUCCAGCUUUCACGAAGCAAAUUUAUCAAAAAGCUUUGAGUGCCCCAGACGUAGCCACCGCGAUCGGAACGAACAUAGAUGAGUUAUUAAGACACGUGCCUGAUCUUCGCAAGGACGGCGUAGAAAUGCUCCACAAAAUUUUUGACGAGAUCCGGAAAACGUGCGAAAAGCGCUGCGAAUACUGCAAAAAAUCACCUCAUGCAUCAAAAUCACCCGUGAGCGCUUGGCGAACGUGUCUUGCCGUUCCAAAAGAUGAUACCAAAGGUGAAGCCAAAGGUGAAGAUGCGGAGAUUAGAGUCAUUGAGCUGUGUUCGGAAUGCGAUAUUCGCAAAAAGCCCGAGGAAAUGGCCAAGCGCGGAUGGCUCAUACUGCCACCUUUACCAGAUUUAAACUCAGAUGACAAAAAUAAUGCGGAGUCAGGAAAUAACUCUUCGUUACAUAGAUAUCAUCAUAACGAGCGCAAUAAAGCAGUAGUAGCGCGUGGAAAAUUUCUUCACGACCUCAUUCUGCAUGCGACGCGUCUCUUGGAAGGUAUCGUGCAGACAAAUGAGCUCGUCCAUCGUUUUUUAGCGUACAGACCAAAUUCCAACUCACAAAGUAUAUUCGAGUCGAAUCUGAGCGGAGUUGAAGUACUUACUAAAAUUUUUGUCUCGAAUAAUCUGCCAAAUAUGUUUCCAACAUCGGUUGCUGGGAAUAACUUUUCGAGUUUACUGCGUAAAUUGGCAUUAAGAGUCCCAGAGGAUUUCUGUUCUGCCUUUGAUGCGGCGUUGAAUUAUGUUUUGAUAGAUUUUGAAGCGAGAAAUAAAGACUUCAAUGAGUCCGGACUGAGUGAAAUGUCUAAGUUGGGGGAAGUCGAUAGCGAAUGCAGAACUGAUCGCUUUCGCGAAAUGAAUUCCAUUUGUAAACGUUUGGAGAAUGCCACAAACUUCUUUUCGACGAUGAUCCGAACGUUUCCAGUAGCUUUGGGCUCCUUUUAUCAAAGGCUUCUCGAUCUUUGUCGCGCUCACGGUGGCGCACUCUCUUCCAUCGACUUUUUAAGGGGUCACUUAAUUCUAGUGGACGGAGAAGUUAAAUACGACGAUUCUACAAGCAUUGCGGCGUUUCGGAACGCCGAAACGGCUCGAUGGACGCGGGAAUCGUUCCAGCGGCUUAAAGGAGCCAUUGUCAGUGCAUUUGUCAUCAUAGCACGACCGGCACCCGCGACUCCUUCUUGGAUGCGUUUAAGUAGAGAGAAAUCUAAAGUAUACGAGAGGACACAAUGGACCUCCGUGGCAACAAUUUUGUUGCAAAUAGAAGACAUAAUGUUUCAGAGCUACGAAGAAAUCGCGAAAGUGAAAAGAGAUGUUCGCCAAUACAUCGAUAAGAGACAAAAUUUGCAGUUGGGUGAUGGUGAUAACUUUCCAUGCACUUCUCUGUUCAUAUUCAGCGAAAUUGAAGAAUAUGUACGCGUAGUUACCUCCGUUCUCGGAUACUCUACUGAGCGCCGAGAUAAGAGCCGUCGAGCCUUUGCCCCGGCAAUCGUUCUCGCACGAAAAUAUGGCAUCAUUGAUCUUAUUUCGCGCGCUAUUCUACCUGAAGUUAUAGAACUCGGAGUUUUAUUAACACGUGUUUCUGUCACGGAAACAGAAAUCGUAAAGGCGCCGCCGAACGGGCAGAUUGUGGAUGCGUGUCUGCAUAGCGCAAAUAUCUGCAUCUCUACCAUAAUUUCUUUCUUUGAGAAAUUAUCGAACCUCCAAGCGUUUCCAACAAUGAUUACUAGAUGUGAAUUAUAUACAGCGGCAUCUAUUCCGAUAACAGUGGACUGGGAAUUAUUGCUUAGUAGACUUGGAGAGCUCGGCGAUGAAAGCGACGGCUCCAAGAACAAAUCGAACAAAUCGAAAAAGCAGAAAAGACAUAAGAUUGAUUUUGAAAAUGCAAACGACUGCGAUUAUUGGGUGAAAGAGCUCGAGAAUCGCAUGAUGCAAGACGGCUGGAAUAUUCUUGGCCGCUCUUUCCGGGCGGCAUACACAACGGAGGAAGUCUCUAAGCGAUUGGGAAAAUGCAAGAUGCCUGAAGAUUUGGGUGUUUCUUUGCACGAAGAGUGCGCUCACGUCGCAUUUACAAUUGAACGCGCUAUAUCUCGCGAAUUUCAUGUAAACGAAGAUGGAAAAAUUGAUGCUAUUCAGCCCCAGCUCUCAUCGGUGCUUUACGCGAAAGAUGUGCUCGUCAGAAUCUUCAGAAUACUCGCGCGAUGCUUUCGCGGAACGCAGCAGGGUGGAACGGGAUUCUACGAACGAGGAUUGUGUGAAUGUAUCGAACACAACGAUAUAGCUAAGUAUUUGGACGAAGGAGAAGGCAGACUGAGGGAGCAGUCCUUGCUCCGCGAUAAAGCUAUUAAUGAUGUGGAAAUUUCGCCGGAAACGUUGCAGCUCAUCGUAGAGAUGGGUUUCUCGGCGCGCGCUGCUCAAAUGGCGGUAAUGCGACUACGCGAAAGAAGUCGCACCGAAGAAAUCAACGCGGAAACAAUCGCUGAAUAUUUGCUUGCGCACCCGGAGAUACAGGAAGAAGCAAACAAACAUCAAAACUCGAGUAAUGCUGCAACUGAUACAUCCGAUGGUAAAAAUGACAAAGUGGCAAAAUCAAAGAAAAAGAUAGGUUCUCCAAAAAUGAGGAAAGACUCUUCAUCUGGCGAAGACGAUUCGCUCUCUAAGCCUUUGGAGGAGCGUCUGAGAGAGCGAGUUCCAGAACUCACUGAAUCUCUGUGGAAAAUUCUUUGGCUAAAGACACAUAGUGUGGCACUUGUAAAAUCGAACAUCGAAGUUUCAGCGAAGGAUGAACAAGAAUGUGAGGACGACUCUGCUUUGCUCUUUGAAUUUGUCGAAGUGGUUUGCGAUGCCUUCCUCCUCGAUGUAAACGAAGCGAAAAUAAACGACAUCCGUCGCAAGUCUGUCGCUAAAAUUAUCAUGAAGUCACCAUUUAAAGGGUUUCCAGAAGCGCACGUCACGAACGAAUUGCUCAGUAAGUACAUUGAAGCGUCACCUGCGAAAGAGUUGGGUAAGUUAGGUAUACCACUGUAUAAUGAUGUGUUGAUAGAUGCGAUUGUUGGGAUCCAACAACAAGCCAUGUUGCUGCUUUGCUCGCGAGAUUCAAACUUUCGAGAAAUUUUCCAAGAGAUGAAUGGAUUGGCAGUUGAAGACUACUUGAAAAGAAUCGAGAUACUUGUGGAGCACUCGCACGUUUCACUUUCAGGUCGCGAAAAAGCAACCAAUAUCGUUGCCGCAUCACCUUUGUGUCGCUUUCGGAAGAUUGUUCAAACGACCAUAAUGGUUCUACACAUGUACGCUCAGUGGCUACCGGCAGAAAGUGGUAUGUCCUCUCCACUAAAUGGACCAUUUUCUGAUGCUAGCUCUCUUGGUGGCAAUGUUAGCGCGUUUGCGAAAGAGAUAGGUAUAAUCGGCGGCCGACCGUUUGGUUCUGUCGCCAAAGCUGAGCAAAAACGCAUCAUCGAGUCGCUCGAUGCCAUACUUCGAUUUUAUGCGUGGGCGCAAUCGCCGAAUGUCUAUGAAAAACAGAUGUAUUCGCCGCCGACUAUCAGUCCUUGUAUUCCCACGAUUUUUGUCGAUAGCGAUGCUGCGAUUGAAGCGACGAGGUGUCCUCUUACGAGAAAAAAAUUGCACGAAAUUCGUCAACCCGUACGAUUAAAGGAUAAAACGUACGAAAAGAGCGCGUUGCUUCAUAAAUAUAAUCUAUGGUGUGCAAUAUCUGGGAGUUCAACUCUCGAAAGCUACGAUCACGUGCGUCUCCUUGGCAAGGAUAUUCCAAAUGAUCAUAAGGGCCCUUUUAAGACACCAGACGGAGAAACGCACGACAAGGUCGAAGUAGAAAAAGCACUCGUGACUUGCGAUAUCAAAGCUGCAAACUUCAAGGCCAAGUUUUACAGUAAGGUGCCUAAUGCCAAUAACCCAGGUACAUGCGCUCCUCAGAUUCAAGCCGCGUUGACACUUUUGGAGCAUUUUACAAAAUCCUAUGAAAACGUGACAACUUGGCUCAGUAAUAAUAAGCGCAAAGAAGCACCAAAUAUACUUCUACCCAAAUUGUGGGGAUGCGAAGUUUUGAUGCUGCUGAGAUCGCUCCCGCAACAUUCGUUCAUUGCGUUCACCAACUUGCUAGCAUCGAUAUUUCGCCAUGUCGCAGAGGACCCAAACACGCUGCGCUACGCCAUGGAAUGCGAAAUAAAAAAAUCGCUUGAGGCUGCAUUCCAUUCAAGCGAUGGCGGUAUGGUAUCGGCAUCCGUAUUUCUGACCUUAAUGUCUCCGGUGAUGGCUCGAGAUGUGCACACUUUCUUCGUUGCUUUAGAAAAGUGUGCAUAUUGCGUACCGGUGCCAAAUCCAAAAGAGAAUAAAAAAGGUGAAUUGCUCAUUCUUCCGCGUUUUGAAACAGAGAAGAAAAAUGUGAACGAAUUGGGGACGGACGUGUCAAAAAACACAAAGGUAGAAAAAAUCGACCGAGAAUCGAACGAAGGAGAUAGAAUUCCACCGCCGUCAAAAUCGUUUGUUCAGCUUGUCCGUACACUCCUCAAGGUCGUCAAGGGAAACACUGUGGCUGAUUUAAAGCUUGCCUUUGCAGAUGGCCCGGUACCGGCACCGGAAACUCUCACCACGCCGAAUUCUUCAAACCUGGUCCCACUGUUUCACACUCACGAUCGCUACGAAGAGCCGUACGGCCGAUCAACGGAUAUCCAUGCCAUCGCAAAGGUUAAAUUUGCUUUGAGACUUCUGUCAGAGUUCAUAGAAGUACACGCUGCUGCUGGUGCGGUCCUCGUAGAGCUCGAUAAAAGUGAUGCGUCUGUUGGAGGGGUUUUGACGCACACGUUUUGCAGAUUGAUCUCAAAGGAGACGACUUCUUGGAAUGAGAAAUUAACGGCGCUGGGAAUACACGAGCCGCCAACGUGUCCAGAGCAGAUUCCUUCCGGCAUAAACGGUUAUAAAAACAAUAGUUUUCCGGCUUGGCAAGGAGCAGAACGUGCGGCGCAUUUUCUAGCGACGUGUACGAUUCGCGUUCCGGGCUGUCGAGAGUUAUUCUUCUCAAUUAUUGCUCAAUUACUUCAGAAUGAUUUUACUGUAGUUUCCGGCUCGUACAAGUCGCAGAGUAGUAAUGCGCGAUACCAAGGACAUCUUCGCGCUGCUCUGGAUAUUCUCGCGACGAUUGUGGCGCAUUGCAUGCCUUCGCGAUCAGAAUCUAUAAGGGACAUAUCGAAUAAACUCUCUUCUGCCAAUUUUCAAAAUGGCGAAACACUCGCUGCAAUGCACCGCCACAAAAUUCUUCCGUUGCUUUUGAAAUCUGUAGAGAAUCACUGCGUUGAUGAACUGCCAGGCGGCAAUCGCCCUGAGCUCGGUAUUCUAGACGCCACACUUACCGUCAUAGAUAAAUUAUCGAAUGUGUACGAAAAAAUGUCGAAGGAAAUCCCCGCAUCUGGAGAUCAAGAUAAGGGGCGGAAUGGUCAGCGUCCCCUCGAACCAAGUCCUAUCGCUGUGAUCGAUGCGGUGCUGCGCGAAGAUGAUGAGAAUGAGAAUAGCUAUCACCAGGAGGAAGAAGAUGCUAUGCUCGCAGAUGAAGAAGCUAUGAUGGAAGACAUGCGCGCAAUGGAAGAUGCGGAGCUAGAAGAAGCAAUUUACGAGGACAUGACGACAAGUGACGAUGACGACGAUGCCGGUGAUGAAGAAGCAGGUUUCGAAGUAGGAUCGGAAUCUGACGAUGCUUCAAGUGACUUAAUCAUCGAUGGAGAUGACUCUGAUGAUGGUGAAAACGGCACCGACGAUGAUGAUGCAGGAGAUGAAGAGGACGAUGGCGAAGAUCACCUAGACGACUACAGUGAUGAUGAACUCGAUCCCGAGGACGAGAGAGAGAUGGAGAGGCUUGUAGAGCGCGGUAUGAUCGAUGAAUAUGCCCGAGAAGAUGGAGAAAGCUUGGUUCCAAUCGGACUAGCCGAAAGUGAUGGAGAUGAUGCUACCUCCGCAGAUGAUCCUGAAGAUGGUUAUACAGAUGAAGAAGGAGAGGAAGAUGACGAGGAGACGGAAGAGGAUGAAGAAGGUGAUUUUGAAAAUCCGAACAGUUUUAUCGAUGAGGAGAACGUUGCGAUCGGUCCAAAUGGCGAGGAAGUGAUGAGUCGCGAUCAAAGUGGCGCAAAUAUUGCGCGUAUUGGUGGCUCUGUGCGUGAUACUAACCGUGAUGUGGGCGUUUCUUUUCUUGAUGACGCAGUGUUUGUACGCAAUCCCGGCGGCGCGUUCAGAAGAGGUGGGGGUUCAUUUCGCGGGGAAGCUGCUGAUCCAUUUUUGGCUGAGCAGUUUCAAGGUCCCCGCAUGACGAUAAAUGAGGUGGUCCAUCGAGCUCAUGAAUACGGAGCUAAUGAAAGGGGGAGGAGAGAGAGAGAAGGGGAGGAAGCAGAAGAGGAGGAGGAAGAUGAAGAAAUAUUCGUUGGCAACGAGGAUGAUAGCGAAUUGGCUGACGAUGACAGCGGGUUUCACAGCGAUAUCGAAUUAUCCUUAGACUCUGGUCUUGGCCGUGUCAUGCGAAGAAGAGAGCGAGAAGGGGAUGGUAAUAACAACCGAUCGAGUCCUACUAACUCUUUAGACGUUGGUUUAGAGUUAGAGUUAGAGACUUACGCGGAUUUGGAACCGACCGGGCUUCCGGAAAAUCCCAUCCAGCAGAUGAACGUAUUCGAACUUACGGUUGAAGAUCUUCGUCGUCUUGCGAAUGGAGAGUAUACUCGACGAGAACGAGAAGCCUCUUCGUUUGGUGGUCCCCGUCGUGAAGACACGGGUACGGCGUACAUUACGAAUAUGGAUGGUGGACGAAAUAUUCGAGCGAGACUCAGAUCGCGAUUCGGCGAACGAUACCUUUGCGAAUGCGAGGAUGCACAAGGAAUGGGGAUAUCGAGAAGACAUCUACCGUCACGGCGGGCAUUUCCUGAUGCGCAUCCUCUCGUAGUAAGAGAUGAUUGUCCUAAUGUUACCUCAUACGCCAUUGAGAUGAGAUGUGCUGCAGAUGGUGCCACGUCGAGCGUUCCGCCUAUUGCCCAGUCGAUUUGUGUUAGAACUAGAGUAGAUGAUAUGCCGAAUGAUGCUUACAUUCGCUGGUCUGCUCAAAUGAUUCGUGAACACAAUGUAACGACGGGUCCAGAUGGUCAGCGGUAUUGGCAACAAAUGCAUUUACGUGUCAACAGUUCCAAUACAGAUGAAUUUGCACAUCGAUCGGCAAAUAUGCCAACGCCUAUCGCGGACGCACCUCCAGAUGUUGUGAAUAGAAUGCGAGAUGUUUUGCGAACAUUGUCCAGUGAUUUUGCGAGAUUUGCUCGAUCAUCAGGAAACCCCAUGCUUCAAGGUGCUUCUUCAAGUCCAGAUAAUCUUGAUUCGUUUGAUCCCUACGGCUUUGUUGAUAUUAAUGGCGAGCCAUAUCUGACCAGGAAUCAAAUACUGUCCCCCGAGGCUGGCGGCGCGUCUAGAGGUGAAAGGCACCAAGAAGAUAUGGGCAGAAUUAACGUCGAUUUUGAUGGCACCGGAAACGAUCUUUUAUCUAUGAGUGGUGUGUUGAUAUAUUGUGGAAAUCUUGUUCUGAACGGCGAAGUCGAUCAAGACGCUCUUGGAGAAACGGCGAUAUCUCCUGAACCUGCUUGGGAUUUGAGUGGUUUACGCGCAAGACGACAUGCCUGGACGGAUUCAGCGAGGUCAAUUCUAGGAAACGGAUCAACCGCGCUGGCACCAAAUGCCCCGUUGACUAGAAGUGAGAGAAACUUGGUUUCAACGUCGAUUUCAACGGUCUUAAGAGCGCUUACUAAUGAAGGCUUGCGCACGAGCGAACAACAGCAACAACAACAACAGAGGAGAAGUGUAGAGCGAGAUAAAAAAAAGGGAAAGGAAAGCACGGACAAAACACCGAGAGAGACGGAGAAGGGGAAAAGCGGCGGAUCAUCUCCUAUCGGCAGUAUGGAAAAAGAGGAAGCACUCAAAAAAGAUGAUACUGCUCGUUCUAAUACUGAGAACGGUGAGGUAGAUCUCUCCAUUUUCAAUGACGACGCUUCUUGGAUACCGGAAGCGAUGGAAAAGCUCUCCCUCGAAUCACCGGAUAAAGCAUCGUUGAACGCUUUGCCAGAGAAUAUAAAAACCGAGCUUUUACGUUAUAACGUAAUUGUGAAACGUUUAAAUGAAUCGCCUCCGAAAGAGUUGCAUCAAACGCGGAAUUUUGAUGAGGUGGAUGCGACGUUUUUAGCAGCCUUGCCGCCAGACAUUCAAAAAGAUGCGCUCUCUCAGGCAAAAUCUAUACUUGAAUCUGCGAGAUCGUCGAUGUUGCUGAAUAGAAAGCGAGCAAUUGAGUCGAAAAAAGUGGCGCUAGACCGCGCUGAGAAACAAAAGAAAGAGGAGCUGCUAAAAGAAAAAAACGAGGAAAAAUGGGCACAGUCAAAAGAAGCCUUGGAUAUUGCAAAGAGGACCUUGAAAAUCACCCCGUAUCGAGUUGAGAUGCCCGAUUUGACCAAAGAAGAUGCGCGAUGCCUUUUAAUCUGCGAAAACUUAUGCAGAAGGUUUCAAAAAGAGUCCUACCAACGCGCGCUUUUGAGUUUAUCGACGUUUGCUGUGUGCAGAGAUACAUUCAUAACAGAAAUAUGGUCGAUGAUUGACCCUGUUUUAUGCCAAUCAGAUACGUCCUUGUCGGUCCUUCGACAAUUAGAUGUGAAGAUGGAUCGAUAUGGAUUUGUUCACAGCGAAGCUCGCGCUCGACGGGCUCUUGCUACAAUGCACUGGCUCACACAACACCAGGGGAAGUUUAGUAGUCGGCUACCUUCGAUUUCUGCGACGACGGUGUGUGGUUCACCCAUGGGUAUUACUGUCUUUGAACGUCUUUUGGAAUCUCUCAGUAGUCCGGUGGCUCUCAAACACCCGGGAUCUAUGCUAGCGAAUCAGCUCUUGAUCUUGAACGAAUCUUUUCGCGCGACAAAGAUAUCGAAGAUCAAAGGUCGUGCCAGUGAAAAACAUCUCGAUGAGAACGUAAACCAGGCUAGAUUGACGUUUGACAAAUUGAAACCCCAUCAACUCGAACCGCUGGCGAAACUUUUGGACGCGCUCUCUUUCAUCAACCAAGGUCGCUUCGGUAAUGCCGUUCUUUCUCACGUCAAUUCACUGGUGCGUCACUUUGCGACGGCUUCUCAGAAGCAAGCGAGUGUAUUGACGGAUGCGCUACUCAAACAAGCAAAGAUAUCGAGAGUCUUUGCGGAGACGCAAUUAAACUUAUGCUCGACAGGUAAUACUGAUACGCAUAUGUUACACGCUGGGUGCGAUUCAAUCCUUCGAGUCGUGCGAGCGCUCGCGCAGUUGACAAAGCAGCGCGCGCAGGGCGCGAAGUCGGAUAAGAGUAAUUCUGGGCGACGGGUAGUGCCAGAUACUUUUGCGGGAGCAUCCCCCAUGGAUGCCUCCCAAAAGCCUUCAACGAUGAAAGUUGGUGAAGAAUCAAAGGAUGAAGAAGCGCCGGGUGAAAACGCACUUUUAAAGCUUUCCGAAGCUAUGAAACCGGCGUGGAAAGCGCUCUCUACUGCCGCGCAAAAAGUUGAGGCACUCGUCACGCCACACAAGCCUGGUGCUGCUCCUCCGCCAGCUCCACUCGCUAUAACAGCGAUGCUUCCAGCAGUGGAGGCGUAUUUUGCCCUUGCCGAUGCGCUGGCGCCAGAUCAGCUCGAGGAAGUCUCUAAAAAGAUGGCAGAGAAGCAACAAGAACGAGAUGAAGUGGCAUCUCCGGGAAAUGCCGACCAGACAAUGAAUGCGACGAGCGCUGCUGCUGUCAAUAGAACCGCAAAUAACACGCCGAUGAAAUUGUCCCAACCCUCUCGAGCGUCAACUCCUGGUUUACUUCGUGCGUCCAGCGUCAAGUUCACUUCUAAUCUUGGAUUAGAUGCAUUACUCGAAAAUACCACCAUAGCAGAAGAGCUGAAAUCAAGACUAUCCACCGAAGCUUGGAAGUUUGCCGAGAGGCAUCGUGGCGUCAUAAACGCACUACUUCGACGGAACCCGCAAUUACUGACGACGUCUUUGAAAACUUUACUCCGAACGCCAGCAUUGGUGGAUUUUGAUGUUAAACGGGCACACAUUCAACUCAAACUAAAAAAGGAGAAGGAAAAAUACGUCUCCCGUGGAACAUCAAAGCUCAAAAUUCGCAGAUCGCAUCUAUUAGAGGAUUCAUACAAUCAACUGCGGGCGCGAACGCAAGAAGAAAUGAAAGGUCGCAUGCAAAUCGUCUUUGCGGGUGAAGAAGGGAUCGAUGCGGGCGGUUUAACGAGAGAAUGGUAUCAAAUCCUCGCGCGAGAAAUCUUCAAUCCCGAUUGGGGUCUGUUCCAACUCGCUCCGAGCGGCGAAGCGUGCUACGAGCCAAACAAGCAUUCCUCGAUUAAUCCGGAACAUUUAAGAUAUUUCCGUUUCGUCGGUCGAUUAAUUGGUAAAGCUUUGUACGACGGGGUAUUACUCGACGCGUAUUUCACGCGACCAAUUUAUAAGCAUCUCCUCGGGCAACCGUUGACGUUUGAGGAUAUGGAAGGCGUCGAUCCAGACUACUACAAAAAUAUCAAAUGGAUGCUUGAUAACGAUAUCGAGGGUGUUUUGGAUUUGAACUUCAGCGACACGCAGAAUUUUUUCGGGGAAACGAAGACAGUGGACUUGAUUAAAAACGGGCGAAACGUUUCGGUGACAAAUGUAAAUAAGCUCGACUACGUCAACUUGAUUACGGCAUUCCGAAUGACGGACGCAGUCAAAGAUCAACUCGAGGCAUUCAUAGAAGGAUUCACUGAAGUAGUUGAUCGCGAUGUUAUCGGUGUUUUAAACGCCAGUGAGCUCGAACUUCUCAUUUCCGGUACGCCCGAUAUUGACUUGGACGAUUUAAAGGUGAAUACGGAAUACCACGGUGGUUAUACGGCUACGAGUCCGCAAAUUCGCUGGUUUUGGGAAAUCGUGCGCGAGAUGAAUGUUGAAGAUCGCGCGCGCUUGCUGAUGUUUUGUACCGGUACGUCUAAAGUUCCACUCGAUGGCUUUGAGAAGUUGCGCGGUAUGAGUGGUUUACAAAAAUUUCAAAUACACAAAGCGCAGGCAAACGACCCGAAUCAAUUGUGCACGGCGCACACGUGUUUCAACCAAUUGGACUUGAUUGCCUACGAUACCAAGGAGGAAUUAAAAGAAAGAUUACUCUAUUCUAUACGCGAAGGAAGUCAAGGUUUUGGUUUUGCCUAG